UCGCUUUUUCGAUCCUGAUGACCGCGUCCGCACCCGUCCUACUCUUCCUCUUCUGCGCUGCAGUUGCGACUGCUGCGAGUGCAUGGGCCGCUCCAGUUCCAAACGACACUCCUCGCGUCGUCUUGGUCUCAAUAGACGGGAUGCGCUACGACUACCUCACACGCGCUUACAAUCAAGGGGACAUUCGCAUCCCGAAUCUGCUCAAGCUCAUCCGUGGAGGCGUGUGGAGUCCCGCUGGUGCGAUCAGCGAAUUUCCCGCAGUCACCUUUCCCAGCCAUACGUCAAUGAUUACUGGAGUCCCUCCUGCGCGGCAUGGAAUUGUCGCCAACAACCUCCUGGAUCCUGCGAACACGAACGCCGACAUGAACUACUUCUACCCAGGCAUCACGGCCCAGACAGUCUUUGAUGCGUGCAACUCGCGAAACUUUACGACCGCCGCGAUUGACUGGCCCGUCACAGUCGGAGCGCCCAUCACGUACUUGUUCCCGGGAAACGUGGACGCUCCAAACAGUCUCGAUGAGGCCAGAUGGCUCUUUUCUGCUUGCAAGGGCCCAGUCUACGACAUUCUGCCGACGCCCCAAUCGAUGCGCCAAGUGUCGGAUGAUCAGCGCGGGCAGAUUGCACAGCGCUUUCACACAGACUUGCUGCCACAGUUCAUGGCGUUGCAUUACGACGAUCUUGAUGAGAUUGAACACGCAACGGGAGUCAUGAGCCAGGCCGCCAUUGCCCAGCUCGAGUACAUUGAUGCAUCGCUUGGAGAUGUCAUUGCCACUGUGCAAAAGAACGGCGUUUUCGACAGCACAACAUGGAUUGUGGUCUCGGAUCAUGGCUUUUCAAACAUUUCCACCGUGAUUUCGCCAGCAACCGUGUUUGAAAAGUACAAUCUCACGACUCCUCAGAAUGGAUUGGAUUACGUUGCAUACUAUGUCAGCAGCGGUGGAUGCUCUGCCAUUUAUGUCAAUGCGAAUGCCUCCACGGCCCAACGAACGCUCGUGGACCAGGCUCUCAACGAGUUUAUUGCGCAAAACUCUGACUCGCUGUAUCACGUGUGGUCGCCCGCCGAACUGCUGCCCUACGCCGCCUUCCCCGACGCCUAUGUCGUUCUCGAGUCCAACUUGAAUGUCAUGUUCGUGGACAAUCCGGCUGCGCCGGUUGUCAGCAAGGCCACCCACGGAUGGAGUCCGAAUCACGGCGCCGAAAUGCGCGCAAGCUUUCUGGCCUACGGUGCCAACAUUCGCUCGAACGUGCAAAUCGACUCUGUGCGAUUGAUUGACAUUGCGCCGACCAUUGCCGCAAUCAUGGGCUUGGACAUGCCGAGCACUGAAGGCCGUGUAUUGAGCGAGCUUUUUGUCUCAUGAUUGUCAAGCGUUGGUGAGUUUGAAGAACGUAAAACAAGCAAAUUCUCGUUUCCAGCCAUUUUCGU